GUUUGGGAGAGGCUGGUUUAUUGACAGGAAGCGUGUAGGGGCGACCUCCCUCACACCAGUUUCCAAAGCUUUCCUUCUGGUCUCUUUGAACUAUCACGUUUUUCCUUCCCUACGUGUAAUUGGUUUUAAAGUAUGCGUUUAAAGCACCGGUCGGGGCAAAGAUGCAAUGGAGGUCACUGGUUGUGGGUCUGUUAGUACUGCGAGUGUCCGUCAGCUGCGUGUUGUGGUUAGCUUUCGGACCGGGACCCGGAGUUAGCUCGGGCUUCAACUUCCCUCUCGGGUUCAACUUGAACAAGCUCGACUUGUUGUUUGGUGAGAGCAAAAGAGACGAGCCGGCUGAUCCUAACUCGUGGUCCGCGCGAGUGGCCGGUCCCAAAUAUGCCGAGACAGCGACGACCUGUGCCAAAGUUGGAGGAGUCGAGUCAGCGACGAGACCCUACCUGAGCUUCUUCGAGGGCAACCGGGACGAGUACGUGCGGCGGUACAGCUCUUUCCCGGACGCACUGAAAGCCAAGAUGAGGGACAUGGCCAAGGAGAUGUUCUACUUCGGCUAUGACAACUACAUGAGAUAUGCCUUUCCUGAAGACGAGCUGAACCCCAUCGACUGUGAAGGCAGAGGACCAGACGUGUUGAACCCGUCAAACAUAAACAUCAACGAUGUUCUGGGCAACUACUCGUUGACACUCAUUGACACACUUGAUACUCUACUGGUCUUGGGAAAUGUGACCGAGUUCCACAGAGCAGUCAGACUGGUCAUCGAUACAGUGUCGUUUGACAAGGACUCCACUGUGCAAGUUUUUGAGGCAAACAUCAGAAUCCUAGGCAGCUUGAUAUCGGCUCACAUUCUUCUGACCGACCCCAAACAUCCAUUUGGCAAAGUGGGUCUUGAAGAUUACGAUAACGAGUUGCUUCACUUGGCUCAUGACCUGGCUGUCCGUUUGCUGCCGGCCUUUGAGAACACCAGCACGGGUAUACCGUACCCCAGAGUCAACCUGAAGACCGGAGUGCCUUCGGACAGCAUCAAUGAAACUUGCACCGCAGGAGCCGGGUCUUUGCUAGUGGAAUUUGGGAUUCUGAGCCGUCUGAUUGGGGAUUCCACAUUUGAGUGGGUGGCGAGGCGAGCAGUCCGAGCUCUGUGGAAUCUGAGGAACAACCAAACUGGUCUCUUAGGAAAUGUAGUUAACAUCCAAACAGGCCAGUGGGUGGGCAAGCAGAGCGGCCUCGGCGCUGGCAUGGACUCCUUCUACGAGUAUUUACUGAAAUCCUACAUCCUCUUCGGCGAGAAAGAGGACUUCAGGAUGUUCCAAGCUGCUUAUGAGAGCAUCCAGAACCACCUGAGGAGAGGGCGGGAGUCCUGCAACGAGGGCGAGGGGGACCCUCCUCUUUAUGUCAACGUGAACAUGAUGAGCGGGGAGAUCAUGAACACCUGGAUCGACUCUCUGCAGGCCUUCUUCCCUGGACUGCAGGUGCUGAGCGGUGACAUUGACAACGCCAUCUGCCUGCAUGCCUUUUACUACGCCAUCUGGAAGCGUUUUGGGGCUCUGCCAGAAAGAUACAACUGGCAGCUUCAAGCUCCUGAUGUCCUCUUCUACCCACUGAGACCAGAGCUGGUGGAGUCCACCUAUCUGCUUUACCAGGCGACCAAAAAUCCAUUCUACCUCCAUGUUGGCAUGGAUAUCCUCCAGAGUCUGGAGAAAAAUGCCAAAGUGAGAUGCGGUUAUGCCACACUGCACCAUGUAGUAGAGAAAUCGAAAGAAGAUCGCAUGGAGAGCUUUUUCCUCAGUGAGACUUGUAAAUACCUUUAUCUGUUGUUUGAUGAGGACAACCCUCUUCACAAGUCUGACAACAGGUACAUCUUCACCACUGAGGGCCAUGUUGUUCCGAUAGACAAGCGUUUCAGGGAGAAACGCUGGAGUCACAUGUUCCCCUGUGAAGAGGUGGCGCUGUCUGAGCCAGGGAGGGACACACCUCAAGUGCAACACAACAUUAGUAAUUGUGACAGGAUCCCAGAGGAGCAACGAUUCACUCUGCCUCUGAAGAGCAUUUACAUGAGGCAGAUCGAUCGCAUGGUGGGUCUCCUCUGACCGAGGUUUGAGGUCCACUCUCAGGUGACUGUGCUCAUCCUCUCCGUGCACCUUGGAGGAAAUGACUUUCACUGAGUGAAAGUGUUCGUGCGUCCGUGUGUGUGGCUGUCUGCAGGUGUGCAGCUGUGCUGUGACCUGUACAAGUGUGUUGCUGUGACCAGUGCCAUCUGAACUUUUAGCUAAACAGCGGUCCUUUCUCUUUCUAGAAAUCAACGCAGUCAGUGGUGCAUAGGCUGAGCAUAUUUACCUGUAAGCUUCUUGAAGGGCUUCACGAAGUCAGGUGGUGACAUGACAGGAGGUUAUCAGGCCGAGUUAUUUCGCAAUGAUGGAUGUUGCUGCGGUGUUGCUCUGUAAACAGGCUCCCAACAUGAUGAGCAUUUCUGUCAACUGUUUAUGUCGAGAAGCAAUUUCACAGCACAGGAAGGAAGUUAUUUAUUACUUAUUGAUCGCUUAUUUCAUUUCACGGCUUGACUUGACUCAAACUGUUUCAGGUGUUCUUUGGUGGAAUCAAAAUCGCUUCUGCAAUUUGAAUGCAAUUGAAUUACAAAUGUAUUUCUCCCUGCAUGUGAAUAGCCAAUGGAAGGGUUGAAAAUGAAGCUUUUGGUCAGUUCAGCCUUCUUAAAGAACAAACUGCUCGUGUUUGUACGUGCGCUGUGUCAAGUGCCUUCAGUCUUUCUCGGUUGUUACGGAGAGUGAAUGAAUGUUGCCCGUCGUCAGAGACAUUCUUAAACACUCAGUUCUAAUUCCAUGUACAGUUUUGCAUCAAACUCACCUUAAAGUUGAUAAGCCAUAAAACACCUUUUGGACAAUAAUGUUGAAUCAGUCUUCCAUCUUUGAUUUCAUCCUCGACCGUCUUUGUUAUCGUAUUUGCUUUUUAUGAUUGCACAUCAUCAGAUCCCAUGUAUUCUGCAACUCAGGGUUUAAGGAAAGGAAAUGUUGACUUUCAUUAACAAAUAAAUCAUUUU